AUGGGGAACUCCUUCUCCGGGGUCAUCUCCCCUUCCAUCUCCGACGCUCGCAACCUCUCUAGUCUGACGAUCUCCGACAACCAGUUCGCCGGUGAGAUCCCGGAGGAGAUCGGGGCUCUGACGGGGCUCUACGAAUUCUCUGCUUCCGAUAACCGACUGACUGGGCCCCUGCCGUCGGCGCUGGGGAGAUUGGCCGGCCUGCAGAUUCUCGACCUCCACAACAAUUCCCUCUCCGGCGAGAUCCCCAGGGAAAUCCAAGCAUGGCAGCACCUCAGCGAGCUGAAUCUCGCCGGCAACGGCCUCACGGGUGCGAUCCCGCCAGAGCUUGGGGGUCUGGCUGUUCUCAACUAUCUCGACCUGUCGAAUAACCUUCUGACGGGAAGCAUCCCGCCGGGGCUGCAGAACCUCAAGCUCAAGAUCUUCAACUUCUCCAACAACCACCUCUCCGGCAAUGUGCCCCCGUUGUACGCCUCAGAAGCAUACAGAGACAGCUUCCUGGGGAAUCCCGGCCUCUGCGGAGAACUGCAUGGGCAGUGCCCGGCUUUCUCGAGAUGGACGGCGGGGAAGCUUGUGUUCAUCUUGUGGCUCGUAUUGCCGCUGGCGGGAAUGAUUCUGCUGAUCGGCGUCAGCCGGCAGUGA